UAUUUUCGACGCCACCAUGCAUAUCUGCAGCAUCCCACCAAUGCCUGACCACACGACAACCGUCCCGCCUCAGCUCUCACACGACCUCAAGUUCUUAGGCGACACUCUUGAUCCACUAACAUGGAUCCUCUUUCGAUAACGGCGGCAUGCAUGGCACUGACAGCCACGAUAACGAAGACAUCGAUUUCUGUCACGAACUUCGUGCGCUCAGUGAGAGCCGCACGCAGCGAUCUGGAUGCCAUAUCACGGGAGCUAGCCUCGCUCAAGACAUUACUCGAACUUAUCGCUGAAGAUGCUGAAGAUAUCAAUACAUUUCCGGAAACGCUUCGCAAGCAUAUUGCUGGUAUUCUAGCCAACUGCGAGCUUGUGCUUAUCGAGGUACAGCGCCUCGUGGAGAAAUACGCUGAGCCAGGAGUCAUCAAAGGCUCCAAAUGGGCGCUGGCAGGUAGUGAGGAUGUUGCGAAGUUACGUAUGAGCCUUGAAGCGCACAAGUCAGCGCUGGAAAUCGCGCUCGAAAUGGUCACUUUGUUCAUGACCAGAGAAAUCAAAACUAAUACUAGCAACUUGCGUCAUGAUACAGCAGCCAUAAAGCAGGAUACUACAAACAUCCUCCAGGAAAUUGCACGACUGAGGGCGCAACUACCUGAUGAUCUUGCUACGCUUCGCCCAAGUACUCAGGGACCAGAUUCAAUGCUCAUUCACUAUCUCGAUGACUUGACUUCGUAUGCCGAGACGGUAUGCUGGAGUGGAGAAGACAGUGACACGGAUACUGAAGGUGCUGAUGAUUCUAAUACACAUCAUAGUCUUCGUAACAAACAGAAACUCUCACACAAAAGAACACCCUCCCCUACCGAUACAGAGACCGUGACUAUGGGCGCUCGCAAUCCUCUUCAGGGACUCCAAGCGCCGUCGCAUGUGGCGCAAAACACUCACUUACCUAUUCAUACGGUGCGCACGGCUUCUCCUCGACUUGGUGCAGAUGAGACUAUUCAUGCGGAAGAUCAAGAGUCCAAAGUGAUCCUUAAACCGCAUCAUGUGCGGGAAGAAAGACCAAAGGUACUCCAGCAGUCUACAUCGUGGGUUCCAGGACACGUGACAAGUAGAUCAGACGACUUCUCGGCCUCGAACAUUAGCGGAGCGAAGCUAGAUGGCGUAAGCAAAGGUGAGAGAGCAUCAUUAAUGUUAGCGAAGGAGUUGGCAGCACAAGAGCAAGAACAAGCUAAGAUGCGAGCACGGCGUGCGCGUCAAGCUACAGAGAGGCAGCAAAGAGUUGUAUCGCAUGCCUCGCCUCCCCGCAAUACACUUAUAUCUUCGCAAGGAACUUGGACUUUAGGCAAGACAUCUGCGCUAGAAUCGCAAGGUAAACUAAAGUUUGCCACCAACGAAAUGACUCGUGAGAUAGUAUGUAUAUUUGGGUCAGCUGAUUGGAUCUAUAAUAACGAAAUCUCAGGUUGCAGUCAAGAUGUAUGCUCGAGAUGAGCACCAGGAGGUUUCAAUAGCACGCGAAGCUGCCCUACUAAGCCUUGUAACUCAUCCGAACAUUACUUUACUUCGCGAUGUUGUACGCACACAGUAUUAUUGUUAUCUCCUAGUCCAGUUGGGAGGUCACAAAACUCUUUUCGAAUACAUUAAGGCGCACGUCCGCGUGGAGGAGGAGCAAGCCCGCAAGUUUGCUCGACAGAUCGGCAGCGCGUUAGCCUACUGCCAUGCACAUCUGAUCCUACACCAAUCUCUCAGGGUACAUAAAAUUAUCAUAUCGAAAUCCGGUGACAUCAAGAUUACGGGACUUCGUUUAAGUAAGCUGGACUAUGGCUUCAGUGAUGGUUUUAGCUACAAAGCCGUAGGUUCAUCUAUGUCAAACGAGCGGGAGCCAAAUGUUUACCUACGCCCACUCAUGAUGUCUGAGUCUACGCCGACCUUAUGGGAUACUGGCGUUAGAAAGGAUGUAAGGUCUUUC